GAAACUGAAAACUGAACCGCCGACCGUGCGGCGUGCGAGGCAGCGCAGCGGCAGAGAAGCGGCAGAGGAGCGGCAGAGCGACGGCAUGGAAUCUCUGCCGGCGUCGUCGCGUCAGUUGGUGCGCAGGCGCAGUGGUCGCGGUGAUGCGGUGACCGCGAGGAGCCAGCGCUGCAGGAACCCCCCCAACGCAGCCACCCUUUUAUCCACCCCCCCGAGGAGUCGUCCUUCACCGCCCAACCCUCCCACCAACAUGGCCGUCGUGCGUCCUGGCCAUAACACCAAUAGGAUCCUCCGGCGGGAUCGGGAGGCCCAACGGUUGCCAUUAUUGCCAACCCCGAAACCACCGCGACAAGUACUCACUGCCAGGGCCCUUGGCGCCUCCAAUCCCUAUCUGGAGGAUCAGCCGGCCAGGGACCGUCGAUCGGUGACCCAGCGGAGUCGCCGAGCGGAGGUCAAGACCCGGAAUCAGCCCCACCCAAUGCCGUCCACCUCGCGAUUGGCCUUCGGUGGGCCACCACCCACUUUUCGCAGACCUGCUCCCCCGGCGCCUCAGCCUGCUCCUCCUUGCCCCAAAGUCCGUCAGAAUCUACGAACCGUCCGCGCCAAGGUCGACUCUCACCUGUGUCCCCACCUCACCUCCCAGCCGCCCCCUGCACCCAUGAAACCCCCUCAACCCAAGCAGAACAAAUCCAUGGCGGAGGCCCACCAGCAGUUGGAGCUGCUGCUCUCGCGGAUCGAGCGGGCCGGCGACUAUCAGCCACCCCCACCGCCAGCCACCCAGGUCAAGAGAAGGGCAGGCCAAGGGGUGGGCAGCAAGGUCGCCAAGGGGGCGCGCCGCCAGAUGGAGCCAGCACCUCGAGUGCCAGCUGGUUCACCGAUGCUUAGUGCUAGGAGGAAAUCGGAGGAGGAUCGAGAUCACCUGGCCCAUGUCGUACCGCUCGUCCAGAAUCCGCAGCGUCUGCCGCCGGCGAAGCGGGAUGCGCUGCUGGAGCUGCUGCAGCGGGCCGGGCAGCACGACAAGGGCAUCGUGGACAUUGUGGCCAGCUCCACCGGAGAUCCCUCGCGGGACACCAUGCUCAUGCUGCUCCAGAUGCUACCCCUUAGCCUGGACGAGUCCCCGUAUAGGGAGAAAUUCUGGGAGGGACAUCGGUAUCUGAAGGAGCGCCAGCAGCUUCACCAGCAGCUGCGGCCCGGCGACGACCGCUUCAAGGAGGUGAAGGUCCUGCGCGAUCCCGAUGGCCGGGCCUUCUUCUCCCGCACCUUGGAGGAGGAGCUGCGGGACGAGAAGAAGCUGAACGAGCGCCAGGAGCAGGCGAUGCGGGAGCGGGCGGAGCUGGAGCGGCACAAGCAGCUGGUGAUCGACUGUCGAGAGCAAAGACGCCAACAAGAGCAGAAAAUGAUGCAGAAGAGUCCAAGGGGCGAAGGAGGAGCUCUUUCCUCUUCCAACCGAGCAGUUCAGCCCGAGAACCCAACUGCUGAUCCCUGGAAGCAGCUGCUCCAGGAUCGGAACCGCUUUCAGGCCAACUGCAAUCGCAGCUGCUUCUACAACCAUUCGCGCAGCUCAGCGCCCUGGAAAAUAUAUGCCAAAGUGGCCAGCAAGCUCAGCUCGCAGCUAAUCGAAAGCAUGGAUGUCGAAUUCCAUCGCAGUGUGGCUAAUUACAUCAACGACUUUGUGGCCCACAAAUGCAACAUCGUAUAGAAACAUAGCCAACAUAUCUGCGACUUUCCUUCUAACUGCCUAAGUUUUUAUCACAUUUUACAGACCUGAACGAAGUCUUCUAUUGUACCUGCGAUAGGUUGACAAAUUGUAAGUGUAGUUCAAAUUGCAAACAUAUUUAAAAUUGUAUAAAACAUGCAAAAUUAUGUAAAUAAAAAAAUUUUAGCAUGUAUGGAAAAUUAGAA